CCACCGCUGUGCCUGCCAAGCACCAUGAGCGUGUUGGAGGUGGCCAAGAAGAUGGCGGACGUUCGUACCGAUGCGGCGAUACUCCUGGACAACAAGGGCCAUCUGGAGGGCAUCAUCAGCGAUCAAGACGUUGCGAGGCGGGUGGUGGCGAACAGACUGGACCCGUCUUCGACAACGGUGAGCGAGGUGAUGACGCCGCACCCGACCAUCGUGCACAUGGCCGACAGCGCCAUGGAAUGCCUGGGCAUCAUGAUCGAGAAGCGAUUCAGACAUCUGCCGGUGAUCGAUGGCGAGGGAAACGUGACUGGUCUCCUCAGCAUCGCCAAGUGCCUGUACGACGCCAUCCAAAGGCUCAAGAAGAAGGCUGCAAGGGCUGAGAACAGCGGCGGCGGCGGCGGCGGCGGCGGCGGCGGCGGCGGCAACGCCGACCUAGCGGCGUCGGUGCUCCAGAUGGCCAACGCCGGGAAGGGGAAGGGCAAGAACAAGACGAGAGACCUCCAGGCCGCCCUGGCGAUGCUGCUGGCCAACACCUCAGACGAAGCCGAAGCGAACCAUUCCCUCAGAGAAAUACUGGCGGAGCAAACGACAUCUUUCGUGGGAGGGCGAGACUCAAUCACGACUGCCGCUGCCGCCAUCGCCAAGGGCAGAAAAGCGGUGCUGGUCCUCGACCAGGGGCGACUCGCGGGAAUAUUGACCCCGAAGGACGUGCUGAUGAGGGUUGUGGCCAAGGAGCUCGACCCAGACCUUACCCCUGUGUCCUCCAUCAUGACCCCGAACCCAGACACGGUGCCCCCGGAGAUGACGGCGGUCGAGGCUCUCGGAGAGAUGCACGAGAACAAAUACCUGCACCUACCGGUGGUCGACCUCGAUGUGGGCACCGUGGUGGGGGUGGUGAACGUGAUGGAGAUUCUGCGGGCCACCGCUGGAGACAAGGGCAGUUCGAGCUGGGACGCCUUGUUCGGAUCUGCCAUGGACGCCGGCGAUGACGUGUCCGACUCAGCCUCCAUGUACAGCAUGGAAAGGAGCGUCAUGUCCGCCAGGCAGAGAAGAGGUCCUGGAGUUCCGACGGCGGCAGCGGUGGGGUCGGUGGCUGCUGCAGAGUCUGUCAGGAACGAAGACCACCACCGGCCGGUGUCGAGCCUCAAGCCUAAGCCCCCUCUGUGCCUCUCAGUCGACCUUACCGUCGCCCAGGUGGCCAAGAGGAUGGCGGAGAUCCGAACAGACGCAGCCAUCCUUCUCGGGCAAAUGGGGGACAUGAAGGGCAUCCUCACCGACCACGACGUCGCCAGGAAGGUAGUUGGCCGGUCGCUGGACCCUAGCCGCACCCCAGUGUCGUCGGUAAUGACGCCCGACCCCAUCUGGGUGACCACUACCGACAACGCCAUGGACGCCUUGGAGACGAUGCUCGAGACUCACUCCAGACACCUGCCGGUGGUUAGCGAGGAGGGUGCUGUGUCAGGCAUGCUCAACAUCGCCAAGUGCCUCUACGACGCCAUCCGCAGGCUGGAGAAGAGGGCCCUAAGGGCCGAGGAGGAAGGGGGAGGAGGCUUGUCGGGGGAGAAGCAGGAACUCGCCGCCUCGCUGAUGAAGAUGCACAGCAUGAAGGGAGCCAAGAAGAAUGGCAAGGACACCUUGGCGGCAAUGACGAUGCUGCUGCAGGGGCUAUCGGACGGAGAAGAGGCGAGUGACCCCACGCUGGAAGACAUCCUGUCGGAGCAAACGGGAGAGUUCGCAGAGGAGGGGGACAGCGCGGCUGCUUGCGGGAAGGCCAUCUCCAGGAGCAAGAAGGCGGUGCUGGUGUUGCGCAAUGGCCGACUUGCCGGCAUCGUCACACCCAAGGACCUGCUGAUGCGGGUUGUGGCUAAGGGCCUAGACCCCGACGCUACUCCGGUGUCCGCCGUGAUGACACCUAACCCCGAUGCGGUCCCGCCAGCGAUGACGGUUAUCGAGGCUCUCAGAGAGAUGCACGAGAACAAAUACCUGCACCUGCCGGUGGUGAACGAAGACAGCGGUAAGGUGUUGGGGGUGAUAUGUAUAUUUUACUUUACCACUGUACGUUGCGUUUCAUUCACGUUCCGUUUCGCUUUUGCGCGACGCGUGCGGCGGGUUUCCAGAUGGGAGGCAUUCUUCGGGGACGCGAUGGACGCCGCCGAUGACGUGUCCGACUCGGCCUCCAUGUUCAGCGCGGAAGAGAAGAUGAGCAUGAGAUCCGCCAAGCCUGGUGCCAAGCCGGGGGCGCCCGCACCACCGAGAAGCACCAAGAAGGUGUCGUGCUUGAAGCCGAAACGACCAGUCAUCAUGUCUUCCGAUGGGUCUGUCCUGGAAGUGGCUACGGAGAUGUCCCUCAAGCGAACGGACGCCGCCCUGCUCACCAAGCGCGGCCGUGUGGUGGGCAUCGUCACAGAUCACGACUUUACCAGGCGCGUGAUCGCCUUCGACAUGCCCCCGGACCGAACGCCUGUGCGAGACAUCAUGACGGCUGAACCCGCCAUGGUCUCGAUGGACGAGAGCGCCAUGGAAGCCCUGGGGCUCAUGAUCCAGAACAAGACCAGACACCUACCGGUGAUGGACGCACAAGGAAAGAUAGGCGGUCUUCUGGACAUCGCAAGGUGCCUGUACGACGCCGUUGGCCGGCUCGAACAUGCCGUCAAGAAGAAGGCAUUGGAGGAGGGUGAUGGGGAGGGCGAGGUUGGCAGCGGCAGCACCGUCAUGAUCGGGGCGGUGAUGGAGGCGGCGAAGGCCAUGAAAGGAAAGGCCUCAGCGAAAAACCAGCAAGCGCUGCAAGAGCUGAUGAUGCUCGCCAUGACGGGGUCAGAGACGGAGAGGGAGGGCACCAACCAGACCUUGGCGGAUGUGCUCGCCAGCAAGGACAAGCCCGAGUUCGUUAGGCCCAGGCACACGGUGCGGGAGGCUGCUUCGGUCAUCGCGUCGCAAAAGAAGGCCGUGCUGGUUGUGGAAGAAGGGGAGCUGGCGGGUAUCUUCACCCCCAAGGACAUGAUGAACAGGGUCAUCGCCAAGAAACUCAACCCGGGCACCACGGCGGUGUUCUCGGUCAUGACGCCUAACCCUGAUGGGGCAGACCCGUCCAUGACCGUUGUUGAGGCCUUGCAACAGAUGUGCGAGAAUCGCUACCUACACCUGCCUGUGGUGGACGAGCGCUCGGGUGCUGUACUCGGCGUCGUUGACGUGAUGGAGAUCGUCCAGGCCACCGUGGGGCAGGAGGGGAGCUCAGGGUGGGAGGCGUUCUUCGGAUCAGCGAUGGACGCCGCGGACGACAUGUCCGACACCAUGUCCGAAACAUCGCUCAUCUCCAAGAGAUCCAUGCACUCCACCAUGCGACGCGCGCCUGGCACCCCCCGCGGGCCUGGCAUGGGGGGGGCACCCCCUUCUACCAGCGGUAAGCGGGCCGGCAGCAUGCGGGGUGGGGGUAGCGCUCUGGGCGGCGGGGACGACGCCAUGUCGGACGCCUCGAGGGACAUGGGAGGCUUGCUUGAGGGCUGGGAAGAGAAGUUCGUGUACAAGGUGAACGACGACGAGGGGAACCUGUACAAGUUCAAGGCCUCCGCGGAGCGCCUGGACAGGGUACUGCAGGCCGUCUCCGAGAAGCUCAAGAUGCCCAAGGAUGCCAUCCUUCUCAAGUACCAGGACGAUGACGGGGAUGACAUCGUGCUCAGCGGGGACGACAGCCUCCUGGAGGCAGUGGACAUGGCGAGGGCGUCGAGCAAGCUGGCACUGGUGCUGGUGGCCACCCUCAAGCUACACACGCUGGAUGAACACGACGACGAGCAUGCGGAAGGGUCGGCAGCAGCAGCCAUGAGCAGGGCGCUGGGGGCACACUCGAGCACCACCACCAUAGGAAUUGCGGCUGUGGCCGUGAUCUCUGUCGUUGCGAUCUUCAUGAGCAGAGGGAGGAAGUAACUGGCUCUUUUUUUGUCCUUUUUUGUGCUGUCUGAAACGUCGAUUUUGUGCUUUUUAUUUAAUACCUCGUCCUUGGUCGCCGGCUGUUUUGUGUUGCAGAUUUAUCACAGGACAUUUUUUUCAUUUCGUUGUGUUUUGAUUCGAGCAGUUGGUGUUGUCUUGAAGAACGGGCGAAUCCUUUGCUGGUCGCCAGUACAUCCCUUUUCGCUAGCAUUUUUUUUUCAUGGAGUUGCCCAAAGCCCGAGGGCAACAUCGUAAUCACGAGUUAGUAUCAUUCUUUAGCUAAAGGCUCCAUCCAGACGUGGAUAAAGUUAAAGUUGCGAUAGCUCGGCGUAAUUUACGCCGGUAGACGUAUUUACUAGACUCCCCGAAGCACAGCUCUAAGUCCGUAGCAGCAGCUGAUGCCUUCCAUGCCAGUAGGCGGCACCAGCAGAAGGACGAGUGCCUGCCGGGCGUUCGGAUGGUCAAAUUUUCAUGUUUUCACGAACAAAUCCAGCCAAUCCUGGAGUAGCUCCGUCUUUGCAUUGGCAGUCAUCCUGCCGAGCGGGUAGACCUAAGAGAGUGUGUAUCCCUCAUGGUUUGUUGCUUCGUUUGUUUCUUCAUAUUCCCUGUUUUGGUAGAAACACACGGGGUUGGAGGCUACGACUACGCACAGAAACAAUGCAGGUGUAGCGCCACCAGCUUUGAUAUUGUUUUUGCACUAAGCUCGUCUUUUUUUCUUUUCCGUUGGCUGCCAACAGCCACAUUUUGGUUAUAUGAAGGUUUUUAUGUGGGGGGUUGGGGGUAGGUCGUAGAGUCGCGUCCCAAGUGCUCUUGUCUUGGCACCUGACCUUGCAGUACCACUGCAAGUACAUACGUGUGCAUGCUUUGCAGCUCUCUGGCUUCACUGUUGGUGUGACUCUGUCAAGCGUUUUCUACCAAACGUCUCAUUAUCGAGGACGCUUGUAGCCAUGUCUGAUGAUUCUGCAGGUAAGGGUUAAAACAC